AUGCACGAUAUCGUAGACACCAAAUCCGUGACGAGCUACGCAGUCACCGUGAAAGACUUGGACGGAAAAGGCAUCGAUCUACCGCCCCCUCCAAAGGCUGCUACUUGCGACAAGGACUUCGAGUGCCCAUACUGUUGGAUCGUCUGCCCUGCACGAUAUGGCAAAGGCCGAGCAUGGAAGACACAUCUGCUACAAGACCUACAGCCGUACAUUUGUACACACCGAGACUGCGAGAGUUCCGAACUGCUCUUCCGUAGUCGUCGAGAGUGGGCGGAACACGAAGCGACUCAUCGCAAGCUUUGGCGGUGCCCUGAACAUGUGAACGCCUUAUACAAUACCCAAGCUGGUCUUGAGAACCACCUUCGACAGGAACAUAUCGGCAGCUUCCCCGAUGACCAGAUAGCUAUCAUGGCUAAGAUCGGAGAGACCAUAGCCGUGGACUCGCGAGAUAAGUGUCCGAUAUGUUUCGUUCCCACGGCUACUGAAGGCUUGGGCGAUUUGCAGAGCCACAUUGCUAAUCAUUUGGAGCGCCUUGCUACUUUUGCCUUGCCGCAUGGCAGGGAAGACGACGAGGAUGGUGCUAGUAGUGUUGCAAGCCGUGGGAGCUCCAAUUCUCAGUCUUUGCCCGAGUCGAUAAGUACCAAUCCAAGCAACAAAGUGGUCGCUCUCAACAGAAAACCGGAUUCCGGACAGUCUUCUGAAUCUGAAUUCAGUGUGGAAGACCGGUUACUACUACAGCUCAUGGGAACAGAGUCUUCGCAGGGGCAGGAUAUCACAGCGCGCUUUCCAGAAGUCUUUGGCGAAAGUUACCACGACCGAAUUCCCGCACUCCAGAUGCGUGCCGAGCAGUUAAGAGAGCGGAUUGUAGAAUUGUAUCUUGAGUCUGGGAUUAGUGAGGAAGACCGCCUAUUAGUACAGCUUGAGUACAAAGAGCACAUGCCAGCACAUGAUAUCGCAGAUCGCUUUCGGGAAGCCUUUGGCAGGGAGUGCCACGGGCUCGAACUCCAGUUUCAACUAGAUCGACUAUAUGGGGCACUGAGAAAGUAUUCACUCGGACUAGCCGGCACUGACCGAGGUCUACUUUCGGCAGAGAUGCUACAGCAACUUCCAGACGAAAGUCAAAAUCGAUUGGCAAUGUUCCCAAAUCAAGUGAACGACCUGGACGACUCGGAAGACGAGCAAUCCGACAAUGAACAGCUUGAUGAAAACAUAUUGCCCGAGCACCAGAAACAUCUGGAAGAACGGGAGGCGUUUAGACAACACGUCUCAUCGUUACCAGGAGUUCUAUCGGUACGAUUUUAUCGCGGCUACGGCUCAUGGACUGGCCUUAUCACGUUCGCCGAUGAUCUGGUGGGCGAACAAGCAACUGCGCUGUAUGACUAUCAACGAUUCCCCAACCUUGUGUUCAAGAGUAAAAAGAACAAAAGCAAGUGGACAUUCACCAGAACCGCUGGCACAAGCAGUAAGUCAAUGUCUAUAUGA